AUGGCCACUAUCCAAAGACAGAAACGGCGAACCACACGCCCCAAUACUUCUUCACCCUCACCAGCCCAAAAUGUUCAACAACAACAACAACAACAACAACAACAACAACAACAAACGCAGCGACAAUCGAUUCCAGAUGAAUCUGCAAUGGAAGAGCUAAUGCUGGAACCAGUUGACUACGAUGAACCACCUACCGAAUCACUCACAACACAGUCUGUACGAUCACUCAACAAUGCCUGUCUAACUGGUUUGGACGGCGUGUUGCGACAUAUCGUUCUCGAGACAGCAUGCGACGUAUACGAUAGCAACAGAACCACCGUUGUUGCUUCGACGCAAUCUCCACCACAUCAUCAACAGCAACAACAACAACAAGAACAACAACAACAUAAGCGACCUACAGACAACGUCGUAGCAUCUAUCCAAUACAGUGCCCAAUGCCUGGCCCGUGCAACUAUCACGGUGAACAACAACGACACUCAUAACGUAACGACAGUGCUCAGCCAAGUCCAGCAUUUACUGGACAAACAUCUUUGGCUCAUAAGCAGCCACAGCGACCUGUGUCGAGCGCUUUUGCAAAUGAUCAUGACCUCUGUUGCCGCUGUUGUUACUGAUGCUGGCCAUCUGACAACGGCCACCAUUGUACCAACUACCACUACGACGAGUCUCCACCACGUGCGUGCCGAGAUUCGGCUAGCCCUUGCGUCAUUGCCUCCUCAGCUGACAUUUAGCGACAAGCAACUCGAAGCAGAAUUUUAUCAGCGGUUAGAGACGCUAAGCCGUCUUGUGAACGACGAUAAUGAGCAACCGCCAUCGUACCAGGAACUGUCGGGUAUCCCUCCGGCAAUAAAAGAGGAAAAGCCUCCGAAGUACGACGACGAUGACAGUAAACGAGGACAGCAGCAGCAGCAGCAACCUUAUUCAGAAUUGGAUUCGGUACUAGAAGCCAUCGAUCGUCUCUCGCAUGUGACCCCCCGUUUCAACAACCAGCGUGUCGAACGGCAGCUUAGGAUUGCAAGACACCCCGCUCCUAAAAUGUUGUGCGACUCGAUCGCGCAGAUUCAACGGGCGUCUCGGUUUAGACUGGCAAGGAAAUCACCUACUGCUCCUGCCACUACUGCCACCGGCGCUGGCACCCGCUCGGGUCAGGUCGUCGACAAACACUCACUCCUUGAAAUGACAGACUUGCUGGUCAAGUCUCUUCACCGCCCUUGCUUCAACAAACAACGCUACCAUCUUUCUGCCGACAAAGAACGUGAUCUGUUCAUGAACGGUCUGUUCAACAAGGUUGAUCGCCUUGAAGGCCGUCGCCUCAGCAACCAAGAUGCCGAACAACCAGCACCCCAACUCGACGAACUCGAUCAAAUCCAUAACCACAUUUGCCGGGCCAAACGAACGCAGUUCGACAACCAACGCGCUACUUUUACCGUCCAUUCAUCCUAA